AUGUCAGGAAUUAGAGAGAGACCAAGGAUAGAUGGAGACAAGUUGACAACACAACAACAACAACAUUCAAAUGGAAAGAAGAAACAUAAUAAUGGUAGUGAUAAUGAUAAUGAUAAUAAUGGUGUAGAUCAACAUAUGAUUGAUGUUGAGGCUAUACUACAACAGAGACAAGAAGCGUUGAUAAAGAAAGGAUUGGAUCUAGAUGAAUACAGAGUCAAUCUAACCAAAGCCUACAACAGCUUUGUCACUCAAAUGUUACCUCACUACAUUGGUGCAUACAACGAUCUACAUACCAGAUGGAACUUGGAGAAGAUGAUGGACGACCAGAAUCAUUACAAGCCAAUGAGCACAACAAGUUAUCUCGAACAACCAUUGAUCAAUCAUAAAGAUGUUGAGACAAUUGAUCAACUACUGCGGUACCUUGCACAUACUACGUCUGAUAUCACUACAUGUCUCUCGGAUACAUGGGCCUACUUCUUGUUGUAUGCUCCACAGCCAGAGACAGGAGAUCCUCAUCUAAAGAUAUUGAUUGACUCAUUGGUAGUACCAAUUCAAAAGAUACUUAGUACCUAUAUCUACCAUCAUAAUACACUGAUGAAUGAUGUCAAAGUCAACCUUGUCCAAUCAUAUAAGAUUAAGAAGUAUCCAGAUGUUGAGGACUUUAAGACAGCGAAUGAACAAAGUCAAUUUGCAGUGACAUUCAAAUGCAUCAACCUGGUCCGAGCAUUGAGGAAUCAACUAUAUCAAUUGUCACACUUCUUUGCGAUCAACCAGGCAAACAUUGAAGAGAUAGUCAGCAAGGGAUAUAAUUAA